CCGUACACAGCCAUGGCGUCUGUCUCUUCUGGUUGCUGUCUGAAGAAUUGAACUUAUUUUUUGAGAAAAAAAUGUCUCUGGGUGACUCGAGCUCUACUUCGUCUGUUGACAUUCAUAAUGCUCUCUACACCAAUUCCAGACGAGGCAAUGGUCGGGGUCGUGGCCGUGGACCACAGCGAGGCCGAGGAGGGCCUUACCGCGGCAGUCAGCCCGGCGGCAGAGGCGGCCGGCAGCCGCAGUACCGCGACGACGCACGCGGAAGAGGAGGUGGCCGGGGGUCCAUCACGUGCCAACUCUGUGGGAAGCCUCGCCAUGCGGACUGGGGCACCGUACCGGAACGAACAGCCUGGUGGAUUUGCUGCAAUUCGGGCAAGGCUGUAUUCUCACGACGAAGCUCCUGGAGUAGCAAAGGGUGUGGUUGUGCAUAGGAGACAAAAAGAUCAUCGGUGUCCGGCCUUCCUCGCGUCAGGACAACGCGUCUGUGGCUUUGUUUGUUGGGUCACAACUGAUCAAGAAGGAAUCAACACAAAAACGUUCUAUUGCCUCUUGUUUUUUGUCGGCAGAGGUGCUGAUGACAGUAACCCGAAGGCUUUGGUGUACUUGACAAAAACCUUGGAUGAGGGGGAGCGCGAUGAACAAAGAGAUUCUUUCAUAGUCAUUGGUUUAUUUGUACUGGCCAUGGAUCUUUUGAACUAUAAGUUGCAGCUGUGUUGGUCCUCACUUGCUGCACGAACAUGGGUGCUUAAACUAGAGAAUCUUGAUGAAUUUGAGGUUCUUUUGGUUUUCAGUGGUUUUAUUUUGGUCACCUGUACCCUGGGAAGUAUGGGGCUGGAAAUUCUGCUGCCAUGGACUGUUGAAGCUGAGUUUGGAAUCACCUGCUGUUUCCCACUGGAUGCUACUAUGGUGCUGCUGUGUUUGGGGUGAUGGAGUGGAUUAAACUGUGGUUUUGGGCUGUGCAUUGCUGCUGGAACUGCUGCCUCGCUUGGUGGUGUUUUGCCCGAGAAAUCAUAUAAUGAUCAUAGUUGACCGUUGGGGCUGCUGAGCAUCUUUUAUCCUACAACUUUAUUGUGUUGGGGA